UUGGAAAGAUCUCAGAGUCAUUCUACAACUUUCCCUCCUCUCAGCUUUCCUUCUCAGCUUUCCCUCUCAUCUCUUUCCUAAUCACAAAUCGUCAUCAAGCCAUUAUUCAUUGUCUCUUAUUCUCAUUGAACUGUUCUUCUGGAGCAUUUUCCCUCCAUCACCCUCUUCGUCGAUCUAUCAGCCUCUCGUCGAACCAUUUAUGGAGUUCUCAUCCUACGACCAUGGAACUUUUGUUGUCAUCUUCUUCAUUUUCUCUCUCGAGCGCUUCUCAGCCAUCCACAUUUUCUUCAGAGAUUCACAGCUUCUAUCAAGUGGCCGCAAAAUCAAUCACACCCAACGGCGUUUCGGUGCUCCUCGCCAACCCUUCCCUAGAUUCUUUGUCGGAUCUUCCCGACAUUGUUGUUCAAAUAGUUGAUCUCAAGCCCAGCGGAAACAGAUACAUCUUGCUGAAAUAAUGAUUCAGGUGAAGUGAUCUAGUUUUUAAUUAUUUGACCUACUUUUAGAAUUCAAGCCUAAUGUUUCUGAAAUUCAAUAAUGAAUUGUUAAUUCUAUUUCAUUCUACAGGUUUACUCAAAGGUGAGUGGAGAAAAAACGCCUAAAACCC